GACUGCGGACACAGUAGAGGAGAUGACCAGAGACUGCGGACACAGUAGAGGAGAUGACCAGAGACUGCGGACACAGUACAGGAGAUGACCAGAGACUGCGGACACAGUAGAGGAGAUGACCAGAGACUGCGGACACAGUAGAGGAGAUGACCAGAGACUGCGGACACAGUACAGGAGAUGACCAGAGACUGCGGACACAGUAGAGGAGAUGACCAGAGACUGCGGACACAGUAGAGGAGAUGACCAGAGACUGCGGACACAGUAGAGGAGAUGCAGACACUGCGGACACAGUAGAGGAGAUGACCAGAGACUGCGGACACUUUAGAGGAGAUGACCAGACUGCGGACACAGUAGAGGAGAUGACCAGAGACUGCGGACACAGUAGAGGAGAUGGCCAGAGACUGCGGACAGUACAGGGAUGGCCAGAGACUGCGGACAGUACAGGGAUGGCCAGAGACUGCGGACAACAGUACAGGAGAUGACUGCAGA